CUCGGCGGCGGCGGCGGCGGCAGAGGCGGCAGCGCUCGCCAUUGCCGCUGGUGGCAGGAGGCUGCGAGGAGCCGGCGCGGUCGCAGUCUCCACGGCGCAGGCCCACGGUAGCGCAGCCGCUCUGAGUAAAUCUUCAUGGAGGAACACGGAGUGACCCAAACCGAACACAUGGCUACCAUAGAAGCCCAUGCAGUGGCCCAGCAAGUACAGCAGGUCCAUGUGGCCACCUACACUGAGCACAGUAUGCUGAGUGCUGAUGAAGACUCACCUUCAUCUCCUGAGGACACCUCUUAUGAUGAUUCAGAUAUACUCAACUCCACAGCAGCUGAUGAAGUAACAGCCCAUCUGGCUGCUGCAGGUCCUGUGGGAAUGGCCGCUGCUGCUGCUGUGGCAACAGGAAAGAAACGGAAACGGCCUCAUGUGUUUGAGUCUAAUCCAUCUAUCCGAAAAAGACAGCAAACACGUUUGCUUCGAAAACUUCGAGCCACAUUAGACGAAUAUACUACUCGAGUGGGACAGCAAGCUAUUGUCCUUUGUAUCUCACCCUCCAAACCCAACCCUGUCUUUAAAGUGUUUGGUGCAGCACCUUUGGAGAAUGUGGUGCGUAAGUACAAGAGCAUGAUUCUGGAAGACCUGGAGUCUGCCCUGGCAGAACACGCCCCUGCGCCACAGGAGGUUAACUCAGAGCUGCCACCUCUCACCAUCGACGGAAUUCCAGUCUCUGUGGACAAAAUGACCCAGGCCCAGCUUCGGGCAUUUAUUCCAGAGAUGCUCAAGUACUCCACUGGUCGGGGAAAACCAGGCUGGGGCAAAGAAAGCUGCAAGCCCAUCUGGUGGCCUGAAGAUAUUCCGUGGGCAAAUGUCCGGAGCGAUGUCCGCACGGAGGAGCAAAAGCAGAGGGUUUCAUGGACCCAGGCACUACGGACCAUAGUUAAAAACUGUUACAAGCAGCAUGGGCGGGAGGACCUCUUGUAUGCUUUUGAAGAUCAGCAAACGCAAACACAGGCCACAACCACGCACAGUAUAGCCCAUCUUGUACCAUCCCAGACCGUAGUCCAGACCUUUAGUAACCCUGAUGGCACUGUCUCGCUGAUCCAGGUCGGUACAGGAGCAACAGUAGCCACAUUGGCUGAUGCUUCCGAAUUGCCAACUACAGUCACUGUUGCCCAAGUGAAUUAUUCUGCCGUGGCUGAUGGAGAGGUGGAACAAAACUGGGCCACGUUACAGGGCGGUGAGAUGACCAUCCAGACGACACAAGCAUCAGAGGCCACCCAGGCAGUGGCAUCAUUGGCAGAGGCCGCGGUGGCAGCUUCUCAGGAGAUGCAACAGGGAGCUACAGUCACCAUGGCACUCAACAGUGAAGCUGCCGCCCAUGCUGUCGCCACCCUGGCCGAGGCCACCUUGCAAGGAGGGGGACAGAUCGUCCUGUCUGGGGAAACCGCAGCAGCCGUUGGAGCACUUACUGGAGUCCAAGAUGCUAAUGUGAUAUAUGGUUUUAAAUGUCAAAAAGGAGUAAAAGGAGACUGUACCCCAGAGGCAACACUUCAUGGUCUUUUUUCUGGACUGGUCCAGAUCCCUGUGAGCAUGUACCAGACUGUGGUAACCAGCCUCGCCCAGGGCAAUGGGCCAGUGCAGGUGGCCAUGGCCCCUGUGACCACCAGGAUAUCGGACAGCACAGUCACCAUGGACGGCCAGGCUGUGGAGGUGGUGACACUGGAACAGUGACAUGCAGCCAUAUCAUGGCAUUGUUUUCUAGUCUACUUCAAAAUUUUUUUACACGUUUGCAGAGGUGCAAUCAAAUGGAAUUAAGUCUCUCGACUUUGGAAGAAAAGUUUUGUUAACCUUUUUCUAAAAAGGAAGAAAGGCAGUGGAUUUUAGAAUUGCAUUUUUUAAAGCACCACUCUUGAAUUCCUGGGAUUGGUGGAGAAAGAUACUGCGUUGUCAAUUUCACUGUCCCAAAAAAGCCAAAUUGUGGCAGGACUUCUUUUUGCGGAAACGUGUGUAUACUUACGUGUGUGUACGUGUGAGUGUGAAUAUAUGUAUAUGUGUACAUAUGGAUAUACACAUUUACAUAUAUAUAUAUAAAAAAUAUAUAUGUGUGUGCAUAUAUAUAUAUAUAUAUGAAACCCGCAUGGAAUUAUCUGUAUGAAAUCAAGGUGAGCUGUGGAAAAAAUAAUUCACCCAGUUUAGUGGGUGUAGGGUACGUGGCCAGACACAGCCACCCAGGUUUUGUUCAUACCAGGGUCAUGCGUUGAGCUACUGACAAACUCAGGCGAAGGUGACCAUGCCCUUCACCAAAGCUGCCUCCCAGUGGCGAUCCAGAGCUCUCCCUGCUGGACUCACUGGAGGAGGAAGGCUCCAGAAUAGGGUGGGAUCCAGAAAUUGUGUUUGCAAGGUUUGGGGCCUCGAGGUCUGGCAGCUGAGAUGCUCCUCAGACUAGCCCAAGUGCUGACCUUAACACGGGCAGGGGACAGUCCGGAAAGCUCCCAGGCAGGGGCAAGAGGGUUUCCUCAGCCUCCCAUCUCCUCCCCUUCCCAGGAAACCUUGAUCUCAUGACUAUUAAAAAUGUUGCUUUGGCUUUAUGGUCAGUCCUGAAUUGGUCCUAUGAACUGAAGGUAACAGAAGUAUUAAGGGUUUGAGGAGCGCAUGCACACAGAGUGCUUGUGGGUGUCGGGGGGGAAAAGGGGGAGAGGCUGGAAGGGGAAAGGAAGGAGGGGGAGAAAAAUCUUCGAGACCAGGGUACACCAGUGGGAGCAAUUUUCUCCUUUCCUGUAACUUUCCGUAACUUAACCGAGGGCACUGGCUCAAGGAAGGCUGGCCAUCACACCAGGGGGCAUUAAAAAAGGAAAGGACCUAGGGUGCUGCCUGUGCUCCUGGGCCAGGCCCCACACUGCUUCCUCCUCACAGGGGUUGAUUGGUCUGGGUGUUUCUCUGUAACUGUUAAACUGUGUGAUUUCUCAGCUAUAAGCCUGGAGUCUCCAGUGACUAAAUUCACCUGACUUUUUGACAGGCCAAAUCUCUCCUCCUGAGUACAGGGACAACUCUUCCUCCCUCCUCCCUGGCCUCCAUGUGUGGUAGUGUAUUUAAUGUUUUUUUUAACGCAACAUUAAAAGAUUCUUCAUGUCUUGCUCAGCCUUUGAGAAAA